UUUCGUCUCUUAAACCCCUCAAAGACCCUAAACCAUUCUUUUUCUGCCGCUCCAUCUUCCUCACCGGAACCGCCACUCUACUAAUUUUUCAGCACCGUCGAGCUACGUGAAUAUCGCCAAUCGUUUACUUUUCCGACCAACAUGGCCGCCACAGAGGGGGCAACUGAGUCUAUUGACUCCAUAACUUUCAGUUUUUUAAUGGAUGAAGAGGUAAGAAAGCAUAGUUUUGUAAAGAUAACAAACCCUAGAUUGCUUGAUCUUAUGGAGAGGCCUAUACCUGGUGGCCUUUAUGAUCCAGCUCUCGGACCGCCCAACGAAAGAACAAUUUGCAAGACGUGCGGCCAACGGUUUAGUAAUUGCCCUGGUCACUGUGGCCAUAUUGAUCUUGUUUCUCCAAUUUAUAAUCCCUUGCUCUUCAAUUCUCUUCACAAACUUUUGCAGAGGAUGUGUUUUUCUUGUUGUCAUUUCAAAGCGGAGAGGGGCCAGGUUGAGAAAUGUAUUAAACAACUGGAACUCAUCAUAAAAGGUGAUAUUGUUGGGGCUAAGAGAUUAGAAUCAGUCUCACCAAGUGAAGCCUUGUAUCCAGAAGAAAGUGAUGGGAGUGAUGGGAGUGAAGAUUCUUCUUCUACAAUCUAUUCAGGAGCCAAGUGUCAUGAUGGUGAGAGUGUAAGGCAGCAAGGAUGGACAUCCCUUCAGUAUAAAGAGGCUACAUCUGUUUUAGAUAAUUUUUUAAAGCCAAACCCUAAGAAGUGUAAGAACUGCAAACAGACAAAUCCCGACAUAAGCAAACCUACCUUUGGAUGGUUUCACGUGGGUCGUAUGUCAGAUGCCAAUAUUAGAGCAAAUGUGAUAACUGCACACCAGCUGGGAGGGCCUUCAGACUAUGAAAUUGAAGGGACAACAGAUGCGGAAGACUAUGCUAAACCAGAUAAUCAAAGUACUGAUAUGAAAAGGCAUAAGAAGAAAGUGAAGCAAGAGGAUUCAUUUUCAAAGCAGAAGAAAAGUGUCUCCAAGCAGCUUUUACCUUCUGAGGUGAAAGAAAAAUUAGAGCUACUGUGGGAAAAUGAGCCUGAUCUUUGCUCAUUUAUGAGUGAUCUUCGGCAGCAAUGGUCUGAUAAGAAAUAUGCCGGGCCAUAUAUGUUCUUUUUAGAAACCAUUCUAGUACCUCCUACCAAAUUCAGGCCACCUACAAAGGGAGGCCAUUCUGUAAUGGAGCAUCCUCAAACUGUUUUGUUAAGCAAGGUGAUAGAGUCAAACAUAUAUUUGGGAGAUGCUCACAUUAAUAAAGAACAUAAUAAAAUAAUUACGCGAUGGAUGGAUCUCCAGGCAUCUGUUAACAUACUGUUCGAUAACAAAUCUAUGAAGGGGAGUCAAGGGGAGGCGGCUCCUGGAAUUUGUCAGUUGCUUGAGAAAAAAGAAGGCCUGUUUCGCCAGAAAAUGAUGGGAAAGAGGGUUAAUUAUGCAUGUCGUUCUGUCAUCUCCCCAGAUCCAUAUUUAGGUGUCAAUGAAAUUGGGAUUCCUCCAUGUUUCGCAGUGAAGUUAACUUAUCCUGAGAGAGUUACUCCCUGGAAUAUUUCUAAGUUGAGGAGUGCUGUGAUCAAUGGACCGGAAAAUCAUCCCGGAGCUACACAAUAUGUAGAUAAGCUGUCAACUAACAGACUGCCACCUAGCCGGAAAGCACGAAUAUCAAUAUCACGGAAAUUACCUUCUACAAGAGGUGCUGUUGCAGAACAUGGGAAGAGUUCGGAUUUUGAAUGUGAAGGCAAGAUCGUGUAUCGCCAUAUACAAGACGGAGAUGUUGUUCUUGUCAAUCGGCAGCCUACACUUCAUAAGCCAAGUAUAAUGGCGCAUGUAGUUCGUGUUCUUAAGGGGGAGAAAACGCUUCGUAUGCACUAUGCGAACUGCAGUACAUACAAUGCGGACUUUGAUGGUGAUGAAAUGAAUGUGCAUUUCCCACAAGAUGAAGUUUCUCGUGCAGAAGCUUACAACAUUGUUAAUGCUAAUAAUCAGUAUGUCCGUCCUUCUAAUGGUGAACCACUUAGAGGCCUGAUUCAGGACCAUAUUGUGAGUGCUGUACUCCUUACAAAAAAGGAUACCUUUCUAAGCCAAGAUGAGUUCAAUCAACUACUUUAUAGUUCUGGUGUCUCCACUGCUGGGGCGAAUUGUUUCCAUGGCAAGCCUGGCCAGAAAGUUUUGUGGUCACGUUCUGAAGAUGAGAUUCAGAUCCUUCCACCUGCAAUUUGGAAACCGGAGCCUCUUUGGACAGGAAAGCAGGUGAUUACUGCAAUAUUAAAUCACAUUACAAAAGGUCAUACAUCAUUUACUGUUGAAAAAGAGGCCAAGAUUCCUCCUAAUUUCUUCAAGAGCAAAGCAACUGAAUAUAAGCCCAGCAAGGAAGAGAACUAUAAUGAAAACGCGGAAGAUAAUCGUGAUAACAAUGAGGACCAGAAAAAUGAUAAAUAUAAGAAAAAGAAGUCUGAUAAAGGUACGGGGAAAAAAUCUUAUGAAGAUAAUCCUACAAAUAUGGAGCCUGGAGAAGAGAAAAUGUUGGUGUAUAAGAAUGAAUUGGUUCGUGGUGUGAUUGAUAAAGCUCAGUUUGGUGAAUAUGGUUUAGUACAUACAGUUCAUGAACUCCUUGGCUCAAAUACUGCUGGCAUUUUGCUCUCUGUAUUAAGUCGUCUGUUCACUGCCUAUUUGCAGAUGCAUGGAUUUACAUGUGGGGUGGAUGAUCUUUUGAUAAUGAAAACUAAAGAUGAAGAAAGGAAGAAGCAUCUUGAACUCUGUGAAAAGAGUGGUGAAGCAAUUCAUCGUAAUUUCAUUGGAAUCAUGGAUGAAAAGAUUAAGAUGGAUCCUGUGACGAUGCAAUUGAGUAUUGAAAAAAUUAUACGCAGCGAUGGAGAUGCUGCUUUGGCAUAUUUGGAUAGGCAGAUGAGUAAUGAACUCAAUACAAAUACAAGCUCGGAUAUCAUCAGUAAUUUAUUGUCUGAUGGAUUACUUAAACCAUCUGGAAAGAACUGUAUAUCCCUUAUGACCACAUCUGGUGCUAAAGGUAGCAAAGUGAAUUUCCAACAGAUUUCUUCUUUCCUGGGCCAACAAGAAUUGGAAGGUAAAAGAGUUCCUCGAAUGGUUUCUGGAAAGACCUUGCCCAGCUUUCAUCCAUGGGAUUGGGCUGCUCGUUCUGGUGGCUAUAUUAUUGAUCGGUUUCUUACUGGUCUUCGUCCACAAGAAUAUUAUUUUCAUUGCAUGGCUGGUCGGGAAGGGCUUGUUGAUACAGCAGUGAAAACAUCUCGCAGUGGAUAUUUGCAAAGAUGCUUGAUUAAGAAUCUUGAGUGUCUUAAAAUUGGUUAUGACUUCACAGUUCGUGAUGCUGAUGGUUCAAUUGUUCAAUUUUACUAUGGAGAAGAUGGUAUUGAUGUUCAUAAGACCAGCUUUGUUGCAAAAUUUGAAGAACUUGCUCUGAAUCAAGAUAUGCUUCAGGAAAGUUGUGGUGGUCAGCUAGGCACAUUUAACACUUACAUUUCAGAAUUGCCUGAAGCUCUUAAAGACAAAGCAGAAAGAUUUCUUGAUAAUUUCCCUCUAAUGGGCCGGGUUGCUUCUAAUUUAGUGAAGCGUGAAAAUUUAUAUAACUUAAUGAAGCAAAAAUUUCUCUUGAGCCUUGCACAGCCAGGAGAACCAGUUGGCGUGCUGGCUGCUCAGUCUGUAGGAGAACCUUCGACACAGAUGACAUUGAACACUUUCCAUCUUGCUGGGAGAGGUGAAAUGAAUGUCACUCUUGGAAUACCACGUCUUCAAGAGAUCCUGAUGACAGCUUCUGUUGAUAUUAAAACACCAAUUAUGACCUGCCCCCUGCAGGAGGGAAGAACAAAAGAUGAUGCUGAACGUCUUGCUGAUAAGUUGAAGGUCGUCACUGUAGCAGAUAUAGUGGAGAGUAUGGAAGUAUCUGUGUUGCCAUUUUCUAUACAAGAUGGUGCCAUUUGCAGAAUUUAUAAGCUUAAAAUGAAGCUGCACAUUCCUGCACACUACCCUCAAUAUGCUGAAAUAUCAGUAGAAGACUGGGAAGAAACCUUAGAUGUGUCGUUUGUAAGGGCAUUGGAGGAUGCUAUUCAAAAACACAUGAUCUUGCUCUCUAAAAUUAGUGGCAUCAAAUUUUUGCUUGAAUCACGUUCAAUGGCUGGUGAGGUAGAUGAAGAUGCUGCUGAUGACAUUUCACGCAAGGGAAAAAAUGACGAUGCUGCUGCUGCUGAUGACGACGCUGGUGAAACAGGUGAUGAUCUUGGUAUGGAUGUGCAGAAAAGAAAGCUUCAAGGAACAGAUGAGAUGGACUAUGAUGAUCUUGGCUUAGAUAAACAGAAAAAAAAGCCUCAAGCGACAGAUGAGAUGGACCACACUGACUGCCUUGAGGUGGAACUGAAUGAAGAGGAUUCUACAGUCAGUGAAGAGUCAGCGGGAUUCGAAAGCGAAAUUGAUCAGGGCGAUAAUGAGACUGAGGUUAAUAAGGAUGCCGUGCUCGAUAAUGAAGCUGCUGAAACCAUACACCAUGAAAAGCUCUCCAAGCCCAAGUUGAGGAACAAAGCUUCUGAGCCUAAGCCUAAAUUACUGGAUAAGAAGAAAAAAGCAAAAGCCAAACGAGUGAGGACAUUGAAAGAUUACGAUAGAGCGGUUUUUGCAGAGGCCAAGAAAAUGCACUUCGAAGUCCACUUCAAAUUCACCAAUGAGCCACAUAUUUUACUUGCUGAGAUUGCUCAAAACACGGCCAAGAAGGUUUAUAUCCAGCACCCUGGGGAGAUUAAACAAUGUAGAGUGACUGAUUGCAAAGAGAAUCAAGUGAUUUACUAUGGAAAAGAUCCUAAGGAAAGGAUCGAUAUAAAACCUGACGAAAAAGCAAAACUUCCUGCACUGCAUGCAACUGGUGUAGAUUUUACUACAUUUUGGAAAAUGGAAGAUCGGCUGGAUGUUAGGUACAUAUAUUCCAAUAGCAUUCAUGCCAUGCUUAAAACAUUCGGAAUCGAAGCUGCUAGAGAAACCAUUAUCAGGGAGAUAAAUCACGUGUUCAAGUCUUAUGGUAUAUCUGUCAGUAAUCGACACUUAUCCCUUAUCGCUGAUUAUAUGACGCAUUCGGGUGGGUAUCGUCCGAUGAGCCGUCUUGGAGGAAUAGCAGAGUCAAUAUCACCUCUUAGUAAAAUGACUUUUGAGACGGCUUCUAAGUUUAUUGUUGAAGCUGCACUGCAUAGUGAAGUUGACAACUUGGAGACUCCUUCUGCUCGGAUCUGUGUUGGAUUGCCAGUGAAAAUGGGUACUGGUUCUUUUGAUUUAAUGCAAAAACUGGAAAUUUGAUGUGCUUUUUAAUUUUUCAAGGACUCUGUUUCUGAUUUUAUUUUUCCUCUAUUAUUAAAUAUCUAUUUUUUGGCCCCUGA